UUCGUGCAGAAGGGACUGUGUCGGCGUCGUUCCCGGUUAACUAGAUGCCAGCCGAGAUUCCACGGUGAAGGGUUGGACGGACGGACGGACCUGGCGGAGGUAAUCAUAAAGCCACGAUGAGAAGAGGGAGCGAGAGGGAGUGAGAGGAAGCGAGAAGUGGACGAGACGGAGGAAGAAAACGGCGGGACUUCGGCCUCGGGGCUGCCAGUGCGGCCUGGAAGCGUGUCAGUAAAUUUAACCUAACCGAAUGCCGGGGCGUGCAGCCCCACACCCCGCUCCUCUGCGUUGUAUCGCGGCCACCUACUCUGCAUCCUCUCCGAGACGCUCGAGAUUGGCCAGUGCGCGCACCACGAAGCCGAGGAGAUCGAAGGAGAAGAGGAAAACCAAGCAGCCCGAAUUACACACCAGCAAGGAGGCUCGAAGAUCCUUAUCGGCCGUACCUGGAUACUUCAUCGACGACCUACGAAGGAGCGCUCUCUGCGCCGAGGGUCGGAGGUUGAACGUUGCUCGAUCGACAGCUGCCACGAAGCCGCCUUCACCCCUCUCGCGUAGGUGUCUAUUCGAACAGAAAUAUCGAGGACGACGCAUCGAUCGGAUGUCGUCCCGCCCAUGUAGAAAAGUUUCUUUAAUAUGUCACGAUGACUGAUACUCAUUAAGUUACAUAUAAAUUUAGGAUGGUUCACUCUUGAUCAGCUAAUUACGGGAUAUCGAUCAUAAAAAUUCGGCACACA